AUGGACCCAUCGACGACGCUCUUGCAAGGGUCGAUCCAGACGAAAUCGUAUGCGUCAACGCAGCCGCGCCUAAUCGACCGCGGCGGUGUCUUCCGCGCGGCCGGCCGCCCCAGCUACGCGACCCAAGGCAUCUACAACAUCCAGCGCACGGGUGGAAACUGGCGCAAGAUCUACUGGGACGACCUCUUCCACACGGUCAUCAACACGCGCACGGAUCGCAUCAUCUGCGGCAUCUUCCUGACGUACGCCCUGGUCAUCUUCGUCUUCGCGGUGGCCUAUCGCCACGUCUCGUUGACGGACGAAGUGUGCAACGUCGGCGUCUCGACGCUCAUGGAGGCCUACAUCUUCUCGGUCGAAACCAUCAUGACGAUCGGGUAUGGCGCGCCAACCAACGACAUCUUUUACGGCGGCUGCGGCUCGAUGGCGCUGCUGCUGACGCUCGAGCGUCGCGCCAACUCGAUCAUCUUCACGCAGUCGGCCGUCAUUCGCAAGAUCCGAGGCCAGUACUACUUUAUGUUUCAAGUGUGCGAGCGCCGGAAGCACCAGCUGCUCGAAGCCCACGUCCGCUGCUACGCAGUGCGCCACGACAUCAACCCCGACGGCACCGAAGGCGCGCUCUUCCAGACGCAUCACAUGCGACUCCAGCAGCCCGACGACGACGUCGGCGCGUACCUUCUCAUGGCGCUGCCUCAAGUCGUGGUCCACCGUAUUGACCAAUGGAGUCCGUUCUACCCUCGCGAGUGUCAACGCCCCGACUAUGACGCGUCGACGGCGGCAGCGUUCCCAGAUCCGUGCCAGCGUGCGAUCGACCAUGAGAACGGCAACCGCGACUACAACGACACGAGCUUUGUACCGGCCGUGCCCACCGAGGAGCAGAUCCGUCGGCACAUCGCCGCGAGCGAACUCGAAGUCGUCGUCGUCCUCGAAGGCGAGGACAGCACGACGUCCAACACCAUGCAGGCACGCUACUCGUACACGGCGAGCGACGUGGCGUGGCAUGCGUCGUUUGCGCGCUGCGUCGAGCGGUCGACCGAGGGCGGCGUCAAGAUCGAUUUCGACAAGUUCCACGGCCUCGAGCCUGCGCCGCUCGACGCGGUGCGCAUCCACACCCCGUCCAUGUUUUAG